AUGGCUGCAUCGUUCUCUGUCCCCUCUAUGAUACUGGAAGAAGAAGGGAGAUUCGAGGCGGAGGUUGCGGAGGUGCAGACUUGGUGGAGCUCAGAGAGGUUCAAGCUAACAAGGCGUCCUUACACAGCCCGUGACGUGGUGGCUCUACGUGGCCAUCUCAAGCAAGGUUAUGCUUCGAACGAGAUGGCUAAGAAGCUGUGGAGAACGCUCAAGAGCCACCAUGCCAAUGGCACGGCCUCUCGCACGUUUGGUGCGUUGGACCCUGUUCAGGUGACCAUGAUGGCUAAACAUUUGGACACUAUCUAUGUCUCUGGUUGGCAGUGCUCGUCUACUCACACUUCCACUAACGAGCCUGGUCCGGAUCUCGCUGAUUAUCCGUACGACACCGUUCCUAACAAAGUCGAACAUCUCUUCUUCGCUCAACAGUACCACGACAGAAAGCAGAGGGAGGCCAGAAUGAGCAUGAGCAGAGAAGAGAGGACAAAAACUCCGUUCGUUGACUACCUGAAGCCCAUCAUCGCCGAUGGAGACACCGGCUUCGGUGGCACAACCGCCACCGUUAAACUCUGCAAGCUCUUCGUGGAGAGAGGUGCCGCUGGGGUCCACAUCGAGGACCAGUCAUCCGUCACCAAGAAGUGCGGCCACAUGGCGGGAAAAGUCCUCGUGGCAGUCAGCGAACACAUCAACCGCCUUGUCGCGGCUCGCCUUCAGUUUGAUGUGAUGGGCACAGAGACUGUUCUGGUCGCUAGAACGGAUGCAGUCGCGGCUACACUGAUCCAGUCGAACAUUGACGCGAGGGACCACCAGUUCAUCCUCGGUGUCACUAACCCGGGCCUUAAAGGCAAGAGUUUGUCCUCGCUUCUCGCCGAGGGAAUGGUUGUAGGCAAGAACGGUCCCGCGUUGCAAUCCAUUGAAGAUCAGUGGCUUAGCUCGGCACGUCUCAUGACUUUCUCGGAAGCUGUCGUGGAGGCUCUCAAGCGCAUGAACCUCAAUGAGAAUGAGAAGAGCCGGAGAGUGAACGAGUGGCUAAACCAUGCAAGGUAUGAGAACUGCUUGUCAAACGAGCAAGGCCGUGAGUUAGCAGCAAAACUCGGUGUGACGGAUCUUUUCUGGGACUGGGACUUACCAAGAACCAGAGAAGGUUUCUACCGGUUCCAGGGCUCAGUUGCAGCGGCUGUGGUCCGUGGCUGGGCCUUUGCGCAGAUCGCGGACAUCAUUUGGAUGGAAACCGCUAGCCCUGACCUCAGCGAAUGCACAGAAUUCGCAGCAGGAGUCAAGUCCAAGACACCUGAGGUCAUGCUCGCCUACAACCUCUCGCCCUCCUUCAACUGGGAUGCUUCCGGCAUGACGGAUCAGCAGAUGGUGGAAUUCAUUCCACGAAUUGCUAAGCUCGGGUAUUGCUGGCAGUUCAUAACGCUUGCCGGUUUCCAUGCGGAUGCUCUUGUGGUUGAUACAUUUGCAAAGGAUUACGCGAGGAGAGGGAUGUUGGCUUAUGUGGAGAGGAUACAAAGAGAAGAGAGGAGCAAUGGGGUUGACACUUUGGCUCAUCAGAAAUGGUCAGGUGCUAAUUACUAUGAUCGUUAUCUUAAGACAGUCCAAGGUGGAAUCUCCUCCACUGCAGCCAUGGGCAAAGGUGUUACUGAGGAACAGUUCAAGGAGAGUUGGACAAGGCCAGGAGCUGCUGGAAUGGGCGAAGGGACAAGCCUUGUGGUUGCCAAGUCCAGAAUGUAA